UCACAAAGGUCAGCAAACCUGAGUCGGGGCCAUGUCUUUCUGCGAUGACACGCUCCUGUGUAACUUCCCAAAGUGUCGCACCAAGCUGGGCGGCUUUGCCUGGGUCACAGCUUGCUCGCAUGUCUUCUGUGAUCAACACGGGUCCGGUGAGUUCAGCCGCUCCCCCGCCAUCUGCCCGGCCUGCUCCUCUGCGCUGUCAGGGAAGCUGGACAUUGUGAGGACAGAGCUGUCGCCAUCUGAGGAGUACAAAGCCAUGGUGCUGGCAGGUCUGCGACCAGAUGUGAUUCUGGACAUCAGCGCCCGAGCUCUGGCCUUCUGGAGCUAUCAGGUCCAUCAGGAGCGCAUGUUUCAAGAGUACAGUCUGUCUCGAGCGGAGGCCCAGCUGAAGCAGAUGGAUAAAGUGGUGACACAGCAGAACCAAAGCAGAGAGGUGGAGCUCUCCGGCAUGAGGGGGGAAAUCGCGUCCCUGAAAAAAGUGAUGGAGGAGUAUAAAAGGAAGUACAGCGAGGUUUCUGAGAGGCUGAUGGAGAGAAACAGGCAGUACCAGAAACUGCAGGGGCUGUACGACUCUCUGAGGCUGCGUAACAUGGUGGUGGGUGCGGGGGACAGAGACAUGCUGCCACAACCAGGACGGAACGACUAUAACAUCGGCGUGGCUCGGCAGGGAACUCCCCAGAGGAGCCCACAGUUCCUCUCCGUGGCCCCCGGUGGGGACGGGCGGUUCUUCUCCUGCCUGGAGGCUGACGGAGCAAAAAACUUCUUCCAGUACAGCUCCCCCGCCAGGGAGAGAGGCCGUCCCUACAUCAACAAGCACUGAGACAGCCACAACUGUUGAACUUAACUCCACUUGUUUAAAAAUGCUAAGUUGUUCUAAUAUUUAUUUCUGUUGGCAGUGUUUGCCCUGAGUGCAUUUUUGUCGUUUUUUUUCUGUGAUUUUGAACUAAACUAGGAGCGAAAUCCUAUAUUCAACCUUCUAAAAAGUGUGUUAAGGAGACAAGUACUUGGCAAGACAUAGUAAAAACAACAUAAACUGUUUCCUGCCUUGCAGUCCUCUUUGUUAUCUUUCCACCAGAUUCCACCAGUUCAAAUGAGAAAGAGCUUUACCUGCUUCUAGUCGGAAAAACCUACAAAUUGAUCAAAAGUAGAAGAAGUAGUUGAGCCGUAUCUAAGUAAAGAAAAUGGGUGGCUUU